UGUGCUGCUGGCAAAAUACUAGUCUUGAAAAUUAGUUACUGAGCUAGCUAUAAUCGCAGUCAUUUCCGUCGAAUAUCCCAUAACCACUCGGCUGCGGUGUACGGAUGAGUACUGAACGAUUAUGUAAAGUUCUGACACAUUUGAAUGAAUUGAUAAUUGCUAACAAGUCCUGCCGAAGAGUUGAUCAUGCUGAAAAUUAAGAUUCCCAUUCGAACGGCGGAAGGAGACCAUACCGUCGAAGACGAGCAGGAAAAUACCGAUUGCAGCAGUCACACUAUUGAUUCGGUUCCAUAUUGUAGUGUGAGGUUCAAACAUUCAACGGGGGAGUCAUAUCGCCAGUGGCAAAUUGACAAGAAGGCUGUGUUUGAGUGGUUCGGCUUGCACCUCAGCCCAGCGAAGCGGAUAGAGUUUAUGUACGGACUACUUCAUAUGUGUCAACCACUUGAGAUUCGCUUUUUGGGAUCAUGUCUUGAGGAUCUUGCACGGAAAGAUGUCCACGUUUUCCGGGACUUUGAGAUAACAGCAAACUGUCAAACUGACUUGGCCUUCCUUAAGGACGUUAGCGAUCCUGUUGUGCGUUCCAAACUACUUGUCUACCUGUCACUUUUGCGAUCUGGAAACAGAGAAUGUGCGGACACACUGUAUCGUGCUUUGAGCCAUAUAGACCCAGCGCUGUACUUAAAUACUUAUCAUGGCGUUCCUUUAUCUCCACGUGGUGGGAACACUCAGAAUGUACCUGAUCAACAUUGCCCUCGCGAGGGUGGAAUUGAGUCUGGGAGAUCUGUGCAUCCCAGCGGGACUCCACUGGAGGCAGAGUCGGGUUCCCUGGAGCACUUGGCGCUGCUUUUCACCAUGGCCUCACUACACCCUGCUUUCCCUUUUUACCAGAGGGAUACUGUCAGACACCAGUUGGAUAAUGUGGAACUGGUCUUAGAGGAGAGAAUGGAUUGCCACAAACGCAUGAGUUUCCAGCAGAAGCAGCAUGCCCUUCGAAGGGAGGAUCUCAGCCCCAGGAGCACUGACAUGGGUCAGUCGGCCUGCUGUAUUCCCAAUCAACUCCCCAACAGGACAUCAUCCCAGAGAGAAGAAGUUCACAUUGACAAGAUUGUGCUAAAGACGAUAUCUUGGAACCGAGUAAGCAGUGAAUACAGUAUUGAGGUCCAGUGGUCUGACUCAACAUGGACCACAGUGACCAAGACUCACCAUGAGCUGGGUGACUUCCUGUCCAAGAGGUCCACUGAGCCCUUUGAGAAGGGCCUGGUGAGGUUACUGGCCCAGGAAGACCAGUAUGAGCCCAGGGACCUGGAGAGGACACUACAGGAGAUGCUUCUGUCAGCCCCAGCAGCCUUCAGGCGGAGACGAGAGGUCUGCAGGUUCCUCCUCCCCCACUGCAGCCACUGUAAGUGUCUGUGCCCCUGUCUCAGCCUUCAGGGAGAUAACACAGUACCUCCUGGAAAGACCUGUAAGGCACCUGAGCACUUUAAAGAAGACUGCACUGAGCCAUCCAGUCAGGACCAUGACAUAGGUUCUCACCACCUAAGGCAUCAGACGGCGUGCAGCAGCAAGAGGCUAGGCCAGGGCACACGGAUGACAAAGAGCAGCCAGAGUGAGAGCCAGAGGCCUGCUGUUCACGCAGAGCACAAUGGAGUGAUGCAGAGGAGGAGGAAACCAGGCAUCAUGACCUGUAGGCCAGACCCACAUCAGGUCAGUCGCACUGGCCUCUCCUUUCUCUCUCUGGCCUGGCCAUUAGAGACGCUGAACGCAGAUGAGAAAUGGGCUUUCACUCCAGAAAAAAAGAGCAGAAGAAGACUAGGUGGAAGGAGAAGUGAUGGGGCUAAAGGCUACAUACCCAGCAGCUUCAUCAGACCACAGUCAACACACAUGACCAGACAGGGUGCCAAGCCGGUCCAGAACAGGUAUGGAGACACGUGGUCCGAUAGCUCCAGUACUCCCUCCAGUCCCCAGCACGAGGCACAUGAGAGCCUGGAUAUUGAGGACCUGGACGACGAGAGAGACACUGCUGAGAGUUACUCAGACCACUCCAUCCAGGAGAAGAGGGCGAGUGAUGACAGCAGAGGGGAAGUUGUAGCUACUGUACACGCUAUAGUCCCUGUCCCCUACAGAGAAGAGACAUCCUACACUGGCAGUCCCCUGAGUGUACACCCUCUAUCAAUGACGGUCCAGAAUGGGCGAACCAUGCCAGACAGGACGGUCAUGGUCACUCCACAGCCAGGGGACGGUUCACCAGCAGAUGGGGCACUGACUGGGACCACCUCCAUGGUUCCUCAGGAGUCCAUCCCAAGCCAAGCUUCCCUGGGAGACCCUGAGAGGCAGGGGCACGUGUCUGCCCCCCUGAGCUCACCUCAGCUAGCCAAUUUAGGAUCCAGCAUUCACCUAAAGCCCCAGUGUUAUAUGACCCCUACCAGCCCAGAGAGUAGAAGCACUAACCCCCAUCACCAGCCCCCAAUGAGCGCCAUCAGUGUCAUCCCCCUGACCUUCCACGUGUGCCCCCUGAGGCCAGCAUACACCAGCACUGACCCAGCCUCCACCGCCACCCUACCCCUACCAGCCUCUCUCCCUGACCCUAGCACCAGGACCCAAGCCCUGGCUGCGCCCACCAGCCUACCCACCCCUACCUCCGUGACACCCUCCUCAGUGGCCACUGUCACCCCAGCUGCAAUCAGCCAGGUUCAGGCCACUCUGCCCCCAGCCAUCCCCACUCACACCCCCGGCCCCGUGGCCAGCCCAGCCCUGACCCUCAUCCACAGCACGGCCCAGGGAGAUGGUGCCUCCUGCAGCAGCUCUUGGGUGGCAGCAGGGCAGGCCCAGACCCAGCAGCAGGCCCUCCCUCCACAGCAACAGCAGAUGAGCUGCAAUUCCUGUGGUUGCCGUGGCAGCUGUGGUAAUAGCCACUCUACCGCCCCCAGCCCCAACUUCUCCUUCCCUCCCCAGCUGGGGCGCCAGGUCUUCAGCAAUGCCCACCUCCCUCUCUUCCACCUCCCAUCCAUGUGCAGCACUGGAUAUCCCAGCCACCGCAGCCAGGUCCAACACCAGAGCAACGCCACCACCCAGCUACCAUUCUACCCCCCUCCACCUCACACGGCCACCCCCACCUCCACGCCACCUCCACGCCACUCCCACCACAUGCUGGUCACCCAGGCUGGUUACAACCUGCAGCAGAUGGCAGCGGCUCCCUUCAACAGCCUCUACACGCCCAUGUUCUCCUCGUUGGGACUGGGACUGGGCACGGGCACGAUGAAGAGCAGUGCCAACUUCUCUUGCUAUAACUGUGGGCUAAGCGGGCAUUAUGCCCAGGACUGCAAACAGCCCUCCAUGGACGCCGGGCAGCAAGGUGACUUUCGGCUGAAGCACACGGCCGCCCACUUCUUUGAAGCAGACCAAACUGACUGACAUGAGGGGACCAAGGCAAUGCUUUGUUUCUCACUACAGUAAAGAUUCCAGAAAAUGUUUUCGUGGGUUGAGUUUUUCACCAAUUGUAUUACUUUGCAAAUAUCCGGACUUGUUUCUCAGCAGAGAAUGGAAUCCUGUAUCAUUCUCAGACUUUUCAGGGCGGUGGUAUUUUGCCCUGAAGUACAAGACAGGCUCACGUUUCCAGACUAGUCUAUUAAAGAAAGAGAACCACAUCUUUAAAUGGUGAGGUGGUAAACUUGCAUUUAUUAAGGAUUAAUGGAUUGGCUGAAGGUUGUUAUAUCCACAUUUCAAAGCAGGUCUUUUUAGUACUUUUCAAUUAGUUUCUUACUUUUUUAUAUUAUCUCAUAGGUGUUCAAAAUGCAAGAUACAGUUUCAAAGCAGCUAGUCGUUAACCAGCUAAUUUUAAUUUUAUUCAUGCGAGAACAAAAUAUGUGAAGAACCUCACGCUCUUAUUUUUGGGGGAUUGUGAUAAAGCGGAGAAAAGAUGCAUGGUUUAUAAGAUAACGUAUGUAUGACAUAAUUAGGUUUUUGACAGAAUAUGCUGAAUGUACCAUAAAUACCCUGUAUUUGAUCUGUUUUACAAGCUAAUGGUAUUCCAUUGGAGGGAAAUUUUGUACGAAAAAAUUGUUUUAUCGCCGUUUGUUACCACUUGAUAUAAUGUGAAGCGUGUAUUAAGUCAAUCCUGUCUCAUUCAUGAUGUUAAUGCUGCUGCUGUUUGGUUUGUUUCCUGGGGGCAAAAAUUCACUAAUUUGUGUAUAUGUGGGUGGGUCAUGUCCCCAAUGCUCUCAGGCAAUGAGAGGACUCUUGUGGUUGUAUCCCUUGAGCGUCUCUCCUCUAGGAAGAGAUUUAUUGAGGUCCAAAUCAACCCCCCACCCACCAAUAGGCACUUGGGACGAUCCAAAAUCACCCUAGCCACUUCGGAAAUCUGAAUGCAUUGGAUAGGUUAAAUCAAUGGUGAAAGCUUUACCUGAGCUUGCCUUCUGAUAAGCCAAGUGGAACUCUUGCCAUAUUGCCUUCACCUAAUACAAUACUUCCUGAUCUAAGGUUUGAUUUUUGGAUUGGGCUACAGAAUCAAUGGUCCCUUGUCCUACCGCCAUGCAUGUACUGUACCUGUUGAAUGUGUGGCUCCUGCCUGUUUGUGUAGGCGUGUCCAGCUCUUUGUUGCCAGAACCUAUGUGCCAUAUUCCUCCUUUCUCAUGCAGCAAGGAGGUUGUAGUAUGCAUGUAAGUGUGUAUUUGUGCACAGCAGUAAGGGGCUAACUUCACACACAUACCUUGCCUGUAUGAUUGACAACUAUACAGAAUAACUUCUGUAUUAGAAAAAAGGUAACACGGUUGUUUGUGGGUUUGAAAGCCACUUGUCUUUCACUGUUCGUUGAGGUGGAUUGUUUUGUGUUUUCCACACACAGGCAAAAACUAUGUAAACUAUUUGAAAUUACAUUCAGGUAAAAUCACUGUUUUAUAAAGUGGAACUUAUCCUCUGUUUUUCUGUAAGCAGCUUUUAAUUUUUAAUUUUUUUUAUUUUAUUUAAGUAUUUUAUAUUGGAUUUCAGAGGCCUAGUUGUUGACUUUAUUUUAAUGAAUAUCUUUAUUUUGAUAAAGAACAUUAAAGUUGAGUGGAAAAAUAGACUAUCAAGCUUGGGUUGUAUUUGUUUAACUUCUCUAUAGUUAAAGAUGCUGUGCUGUAGAUUAAGGUAGUGUUACCUCUGAUGCGAUGACUGUAUUACUAAAUGUUAACAUGUAGUCACUGAAAGGGAAGACGACAAUAGUUCCUUCCUGUGCUAAAUUAAGCUACCAGAAUUUUUUUCAGUUAAGUUGGUAGCAAUCAAACAGCUAAGUUUAUAUAUUUUUUUAUAUGGCGAGAAACCCAUACUAUAAUGAACAAAGAUAAAUGCAAUUUCAAACAUUUUAAUGAGUUACAGUUCAUAUGAGGAAAUCAGUCUAUUUAAAUAAACAAAUUUGCUCCUAAUGUAUGGAUUGUACA